UGGAUCUAGUACACGUGUAACAUCACACCUCUUUGUACCAUAAAUGUGCAAGAAUUUGAAAUUACACAGUACAUAGUUAUUCAUUGAGACUUUUCGUACAAUAUUUCAAGUUACACUAUAUUACCAGCGUAAAUUUGAAUCCUGCUGCUUUCUCGUGGCCGGCUGCACACAAAACAAUUAUCAAAAAUGAAUCUUUUAAAAGUUAUGGUUCUCUGCAUUUUUGCUGUAUCCGUAGUCUGCGCUGAAGAUACAAAAACAAAGGAUAGUGUAAAAGCAGAAGACUCUAAAGAUGUUGACGGGGUCUGUGUGAGCAAGGAGGAUUGCGCGUCACAGUCGCAAACGGAAAAGGACGAAGAAGAACCGGAGAGUAAGUACACGAAGGAGAAACAAGAAGAGACACCAGAGAAGGAAGACGUACAGCCCAAGGAAACGAAAGAAGAUGAGAAGGACAAAGACGAAGCAGCAAGUGGUGAGGAGGAGGGCGGGGAAAAGAAAGAAGAAGGACCGAAGAAGGGGGAGGAGGAAACACACCUGGUGAAGAUUGAGGUCCUUGAGGAAGGCAAGUGGUGUGAAAAGCUCAAGGCGAGCAAUGACGAUGCGGUCACGGUACAUCUACGGGGAUCCAAGGUCUCAGAUGGCAGUGAAUUCAUCACCACGUACAAAGAGGACGGCUCGGAGGGUCUAUCCAUCCCGUUCCGUAUGGGAGUAGGAGAUUCCAUCAAGGGUCUUGAGCUGGGAGUUAUCGGCAUGUGCAUUGGUGAACUACGCCGACUGACCGUGCCAGCCUCGCUCGUCAGGAACGGGCGGGAGGAGUUCAAAGGAGAUAAGAUUCCUAGAGGAGAGGACCUGACCUUCGAAGUGCGGCUCUUGGGGGCCGUACCCAAUUACCAGAAGGGCAUGCCCAACAUGUUCAAGUCGAUGGACAAGAAUGAGGACGGUGUCAUACAACGUGAAGAGAUUUACGAUGCAAUUGUGGGUGACGGCGAGACGUUCCCGAGAGGAGCGCCGGUAGUAGACGAGCUGGCGGACGAACAGAUGACAAAUUUGGACAAGAACAAAGAUGGCGUCAUCCAGUGGGAGGAAUUCAACCUGCCGAAGUGGGAUGAACUUUAACUAAGAACUUUUUGAGACUUUUCAUUUUUAUGUUGUUUUCUGAACUUUGAUUUUUUUUUUUUUAAUCUACUUCAUGACAAAGCCUGUGGGGUUGGAUCAUGGUCGGAUGGAUCGGUAAUGUAAUAUCCAUAAUUUGUUUGGGGGCAAUAAAACACUCUUACUAGGUGUGUUUAUAACACGGACGUAAAAAAAGCCGUGUGAAUUAGCAUCAAGUGAACAAGUCUUUUAAUGAUGCUUUUUGUCAAUCAGUUUUUAGGAAUUUUCACCACACCACUCUCUGCAAAAUUUACGUGUUUCCAAGCACGCUUAUAUUUUAUAAAAAGGCAGGGUUACUAGGAAGGUUUAUCGCUUUGAUUUUGAUUGCUGCAUGGCAGAGUUGUUUUGACAGACUGAAAAAGUGAUAGUACAAACACACACGUCAAUUCCAAUCAAACACUCUUUUUAUUUGAUAUCAAAUCAAACAAUUGAUAACGUAACAACCAAAUCAAAUGUACACUCCACAUGGGAAAGUGGAUUUUAAACCGGUGAUGGGUUCCGACCGAUGAACAGCUUCAAAUGCGAGUAUCGCCCCGUACAUCAGUCAUAUUAAGAUACAUAUCAUUCAGUUAACUAAAUUUUAGUUGGUUAUCUCUUGCAAUCUACCCAUUUUCACACAAUAAAAAAAAAAAUAGGGGAAAAUUCUUAUUUAAUGCAUCUAGGUUCUCAAAUUGGAGAGACGUUGACUGGUGAACUGAACAAAGUUCCCCUUUUUCAAAUAUGACAAGAUUUUGUUUAGGUAUGAUGAAAUGGGCAGAAAAUAAAUAAAAUGUUGAACUGUGCAAUCAAUUAAAAGGGUUUCUAAAGUAUUGGACAUAUUUUAACCAGACAUAAAUUGAAACAAUUUCCUCCCAAAUCACUUCAAAUUAAGAUCAAUAUUAUGAACAUAUGUAUACAUAAUAAAAACACACUGGUGCCUUUCAAAAUACCAGUUUAUAAUUGA